UUUGACACUUUUUCUUCCUUUUCUCCCUCCUCCAUUUCCAACCCAACCCUCGACUUCAAUCUCACUGUCAGCAUCAGCUCAUUGUGCCUGUACUUUAACUAGCCAAUUGGUCUCGUACGACAACAAGUCUUUUGUUUGCUACACUCUCGACUGUUUUCUGUAGCCCAGUGAACCCCGCUCUCCGCAGACAGCCCUCCACCUCGUCGGGAUAUCAUCCGUGAAUACCGCCAACAUGCCUCAGAUCACCACCCUCCUGUUCGACUGCGACAACACGCUUGUGCUAUCCGAGGAGCUGGCGUUCGAGGCGUGCGCCGACCUGAUCAACGAGAUCUGCGAGGGCCGCAAUCUCAAGCAGCGCUUCACAGGCGAGACCCUGAUCAAGGAGUUCGUCGGCCAAAACUUCCGCGGCAUGAUGCUCGGCCUCUCGAAGCUGCACGGCUUCGAGAUGACCCCCGAGGAGCUCGAGACGUACGUGACGCGCGAGGAGGACGCCGUCAUUGCCAAGCUCAAGGCCGCCCUCAAGCCCUGCCCCGGCGUCGACGACCAGCUCGAGGCCCUGCAGAAGAGCGGCAAGUACACCAUGUCCGUCGUCUCGUCCUCGGCCAAGCGCCGCGUCUGGGCCUCGGUCGUCAAGGUCGGCCAGGACAAGUACUUCAAGGAGGACGUCGUCUUCAGCGCCGCCACCUCGCUUCCCAAGCCCACGAGCAAGCCCGACCCGGCCAUCUACCUCUUUGCAAUGGAGAAGCUCGGCAAGAAGCCCGAAGAGUGCGUCGCCAUCGAAGACUCCAAGAGCGGCACCCUCAGCGGUACCCGCGCCGGCAUCAAGGUCAUCGGCUACGUUGGCCCCUACGCCGUUGACAAGCAGGACGAGAUGGAAAAGGUAUUGCGCGACGCCGGCGCCGUCAUCGUCAUGAGAGACUGGAGCGAGUUCCCUGACGCCCUGGCCAAGAUCGAGAGCGGGAGUGCCUGAC